CACGUCGACUCCGCGGAGGCGUACCGCAACGAGGCGGCCAUCGGCCGCGCCAUCGCCAAGGACCCGGCAACGGCGUCGCGGCUGUUCCUCGCGUCGAAGAUCUCCGACGAGAAGAGCCUCGGCUACGAGGGCGCGCGGCGGCGCGUCCAGGAGACGCUGCGGAAUUUCGGGGUCGACCGAGUGGACCUCUACUACCUCCACAGCCCCUUUGGCUUCAACCGCGGCGAGAAGGCGCGCGUCGCCGACGCGUGGCGCGCGCUCGUCGAGCUCCGGGACGCGGGCACGAUCGGCGCGCUGGGCCUGUCGAACUUCAACGCGCGCGACCUGCGCCAGUUCGCCAACGACGCGGACCUCGGGGGGCUGCGCAUGCCGGACGUCGUCCAGAACAAGUUCGACCCCUACCGCCGCGGCGACCAGAGCCCCGCGGAGCGCGACGACGUCGUCGGCCUCUGCGCGACGCUCGGCGUCGCCGUCGUCGCCUACUCGCAGCUCUCGGGCUGGCCCUUCGGCGUCGGCGCGCUCGCGGACCCGCUCCUCGCGCAGAUCGCCGCGGCGAACGGCGCGAGCGUCGCCUCCGUCGUCUCGAAGUGGGUCCUCGACGCGGGCCACGCGGCGAUACCGCGGUCGUCGAACGCGAGCCACGUGCGGGCGAACCUCGCCGUCCUCGACGCCUGGCCCGCGCCGCUCGCGCCGGCGGAGCGCGCCGCGAUCGACGGCCUCAACCACCUCGUCGCCUUCCGCGAGAACGUCGCUGCGGGGCCCGACGCGCUCGGGGUGAAGGCGGCGUCGAAGCCGGGGAGGGCGGAGCUGUAA